AUGGGCGAGAACCACCAGAGCAAUCCCCGCCCCAAGACCGGAAUCGAUGUCAUCGUCGUAGGCGCAGGCUUCGGCGGCCUCACCGCCGCCAUCGAAUGCCACCGCCAAGGCCACAAUGUCCGAAUAUACGAGUCGUUCCCGGAGCUCAAAUCGCUUGGCGACAUCAUCUCCUUCGGGCCCAACGCCGGCCGCAUCUUCUACCGCUGGGGCACCCACCGCGAGGGCGAGGUCGCCGACCGCAUGCGCCCGCUCAGCAUCGACCUCACCCACCACGGCUUCCGCAUCCACAAGUACACCGGCGAGCACAUCAUCACCCAGCGCGCCCCGCCGCGCGUUAAGGAGAGCCCCGUCUUCAAUGGCCACCGCGGCGAGCUGCAUACCGUCGUCUUCGAGCACGCCCGCGAUGAGCUGGGCAUCCCCAUUCACCUGGGCCAGCGCAUCGUCGAGUAUUUCGAGGAUGGCGAGAAGGCGGGCAUCGUGCUGCAGGGCGGGGAGAAGGCCACAGCCGACGUCGUCCUCGGCGCCGACGGCGUGCGCUCCAAAGCCCGCGAGCUGGUGCUGGGCUACGACGACAAGCCCAAGAGCAGCGGCUACGCCGUCUGGCGCGCGUGGUUCCCGUCGACGGCCAUGCUCGCCGACCCGCGCACCCGCCACUUCUGCGCCCACGGCGACACCUUCAACGGCUGGAUCGGCCCGGACGUGCACUUCCUCUUCAGCACCCUCAAGGGCGGCGCCGACUGCUGCUGGGUGCUGACGCACCGCGACGACGCCGACAUCGACGAGUCGUGGUCGUUCCCCGGCCGCCUGGACGACGUCUUCGCCGUGCUCGACGGCUGGGAUCCCAUGUGCAAGGCCAUCGUCGAGAAGACGCCGAGCCUGGUCGACUGGAAGCUGGUCUACAGAGACCCGCUGCCGACGUGGGUCAGCAAGGGCGGCAGGAUCGCCCUGCUGGGCGACUCGGCCCAUCCGUUUUUGCCCACGAGCACCCAGGGCGCGACCCAGGCCAUGGAGGACGGCGUGACGGUCGCCGUGGCGCUGAGGAGGGCGGGCAAGGCGAAUGUGCCCUUGGCCAUGCGCGCGUAUCAGGAAAUCAGGUAUGACAGGGUGAAGGCGGUGCAGAAGACGGGCGAGACCACGAGGGAUAUGUGGCACAAGACGGACUGGGAGAAGGUGAAGGAGGAUCCGACGAGCAUUCAGCUCCCACGCGAGGAUUGGAUCUUCGAGUUCGAUGCCGAGAAGCAUGCCGAAGACGUCUUUGACGACGUGGCCCAGAAGCUUGGAGCAUCUGUUGAUGCGAGACCAUCGCUCUAG